AGUACACUUGUCAACCGACCUGCCCUGGGAAUCCUGCCACCUGAGAACUUUCCUGAAAAGAUCACUGAAAGUCUUCUCUCAGUGGCUCCGAGUGGAAUGACUCGUGUGCAGACAAUGGCCUGUGGCUCUUGCUCCAAUGAAAAUGCUUACAAAGCUAUGUUUAUCUGGUACCGGAACAAGGAGCGAGGCCACAACAUACCUUCUGAUGAAGACCUCAGCACCUGCAUGAUAAAUCAGGCCCCUGGUUGCCCAGACCUCAGUAUUCUAUCUUUCAUGGGAGGUUUCCAUGGAAGAACCAUGGGUUGCUUGGCAACGACACACUCCAAAUCAAUCCACAAGCUGGACAUACCAUCAUUUGAUUGGCCAAUCGCCCCUUUCCCCAGACUGCAGUACCCACUGGAGGAGUUUACCAAAGAGAACGCACAGGAAGAGGCUCGCUGUCUGGAGGAGGUGGAGGAUCUGAUUGUGAAGUGGAGGCAGAAGGGGAAGCCAGUCGCUGGGAUUGUAAUUGAACCAAUCCAGGCUGAAGGCGGAGAUAACCACGCCUCCCCAGACUUCUUUAGGAACCUCCGCAACAUUGCACACAAGCAUGGCUGUGCUUUCCAUGUUGAUGAAGUCCAGACUGGUGGAGGGAGCACAGGAAAGUUUUGGGCCCAUGAGCACUGGGGCAUGGAUGAUCCUGCUGACAUUGUCUCUUUCAGCAAGAAGCUUCUGACUGGGGGCUUCUACCACAAGAAUGAAUUACAGGCUGACAAGCCAUACCGUAUCUUUAACACAUGGAUGGGUGACCCAUCAAAGAACUUGCUACUGGCUGAGGUUCUCAAUGUGAUUCGCAGAGAAAACCUUCUGGAGGAGGUGAUGCGUUCUGGGAAAGCCUUGCUAAACGGCCUUUAUGAGCUACAGGCUCAGUACCCUGGCAUAUUGAGCCGUGCUCGAGGACAGGGGACCUUCUGUGCCAUUGAUAUCUGUGAUGAUGCAACACGCAACAGCAUCCUGCUCAAGGCCAGAGACAAAGGUGUACUCCUGGGAGGGUGUGGAGAUCGAUCGAUCCGUUUCCGUCCUGCACUGGUUUUCAAGGAGUACCAUGUUCACAUCUUUCUCAACAUCUUCAAUGAUGUGUUGGCCCAGCACAAAUAAAUCCUGAUCCUAAAGGAACCUGACUGACACUACAUGAGCCUGACUUAAUCCAGAAUGUGGAGGGAGGGAAACUCCAGACAGUCCAUGUCAUGAUAAGCACAAUCCAUACAAUAACUCACACAGAUAUCCCUUAUGUUCCAAGAUCCAGGGCCAGGUGAGUUUCUAACAUUGAAGACUGACCAAUAUCCUUAGCAAGAAAUGAUAAUGAUGAUAUACUUUUGCUACCAUUAAAAUGUACACAACAGGUGCCAGUGGGUAAUACCGCAGUAAUUUAAGAUUUCUGUAAAAUCAACCUUAAUGCAAUGCAAAGAAUUUUCUCAUCUGGAUUCAUGUUCUUACAUAUAGAUUAACCCGACUAGCAGUACUCUGGAUGAAGUCAUGACAGAUCUAUAAAUCUAGUACCUUUUAUUUCACACUUUACUGCCUGAGAUUCAGAGGUAUGGAACCAGGCCAAAAUGUGGGUCUGUUCCUUUAAAAGGUAGCACAACAUUAGAUAAAUGUAAAUAAGAUGUCAAAGAUCCAACCUCCGUAUUAACCUCUCUUAAUGGAUCAGAACAAAAUCUUUUGUACAGCUUCUUUUAGUGCUCAUAUGCCAACAUCAUCCCACCACCUGACUCAGUCACUGAAGUGAUUAUAGUUAGCCUGUGUGCUUGUUUUAAAGCUGCACAUAAAAAAAUAUUUUUUUGCCAUAUUUGCUGAAAUUUUCACUGUGUCCUGGCAGUAGUAUAUGAGACAGAUAAUCUGUUAAAAAAAACAGGUUCCCCUUGCUUGUUCUAGUUUUAGCUUGAAGAUAGUUAAUUGUUGAGAGAACCUGAUUUUUUUUCUUUUACAGAUUGUCUGUCUCAUGCUGCUGUCAGGAUAUAUGACCAAAAAAUAUUUUUAGAACAUUUUCGAACUGCAUCUUUAAGAAGGCAGGCAGAAUUCUGUCAGGUAUGAUACUGUGUAGGAGCACACAAUAAAGCUAAGAUGUCAGCCUGCAUGUCAUUUAAUGCUGUCCAUUACAAAUGUCCUUGUUAUGAUUCUGACUGAUGUGUUGAUCUUAAUAGAAAUGACCUUUAAGCUUGAAAUGUUGUAGCCCAGAAAAAUGUGAAACAUAAAUGGACCACAAAAAUGUCAUAGAUUAUUUAGUGCCUGCAUGUAACUUAAAUGUGCUAAUAUUUUUUUUUCUUUUAAUGCCUGAGAGCAGCCAUUGGUAACCUUAACUGAACAAAACUUCUGAACACAUUCACUUUACUCUUGAAUGAGAGCUUCAUAUCAGUUGGCACGUUUGUUUCUGAAAACUUGUUUACUUUUACUACUUGGUUAUGAUUUUGAAUUUAACACUCAUUUAUGACGGAACAGAGAGAGUUUCCUUAAUUUAAAGCACAGUUUCAGUUUGCACCAAGCUGUUUCUGAGAUGUUGAAUGUUGCUUGUCAUAUAGAUAAACAUGGUGGCCCCUAAGGAGCAAACACUUGCAUAAGCAAAAGCAACAACAUUAAGGAAAUGUGCUCCAAAAUCCAAAAUUACUACAAACUGAAAAACACAUUUGAGAGUUAUAACACAAAUAUUCAGACAAAAUGCAACAAAUAAUAAAACGCAUACAAAUGUAAAAAGACAAACAUGGACUUGUGCUUAUACUUCAAGCAGCUGUUUAUCCUAUAUUAGGUAGCCUACUUGCUAAAGUUUGUGCAUUACGUCUAAACAUGCUACACUUAAUUGUGUGUAAUUCCAUAAUAAGGCUUUUUUACAUGAGCUUUGAAUAUACUGCUACACGAAUUUGGAUUCAGGGAUUAUUAGAAGGUAUUGUAGAAGACAAUAGUUUGUUUAAAGUUAAAAGCAACUGUACCUGCUUUAGAUUCUUGAAACCGUUUUGCUCUCAUCCAAAGGCCAGAUGUGAUAUACUAUGACCUUGAUGACUAAGAAUUUUCACAGACAUAGUCAAUAGUUUUUAAUUAAACAGGUAGUCUCAGACUCAUUACUUGCCACAUUUGGAACUGUCAGAUCCCCUGAAAACACCUGAAAACAUUUCCAACAAAGCAUUAAUCUCAGGGCAUCCUGAUAGCUCACCUGAUAGUGUUGGCACCUUUGUCUCAUUGUAGUUGGACAGGCUGUAAUGGGCUCAUUACUGCCCCCUAAGACUAGAGGGCAGGAAACAACCACUGGUACUUGCAACCUCAGUUAUAGUGGGUUUAUCCCAACCCAAGCAAUCAAAAGUAAUACUGUUUGGAAAUCCUAUCGAAUCGAUUCAAUUCAAUUUUAUUAGUAUAGCACCAGUAACAAAUGACAGUGUCCUCAGUGUCCUUAGUGUCACUAACUUUUCAAACGGCGGCAAGGAAAAACAUCCUUUUAAGAGGCAGAAACCUCGGACAGACACCGGCUCUAGGUGGGUGGCGGUCUGCCUUCACCAGUGAUGGAGGUGUUUCAAACUGUAUUUUUCAAGUUUACAAAAACAAUAUAUGAAAACUAACUGGCUGGGUUUGCAAAUGCUUGUAUGGUUAACUUCCACACCUCAGAUAAAGUGCAGCACGCAGACAGGAACUAUCUCCCGUGCAGUGGAUGACACAUACCCAAACUGUAGCUCAGUUGCUCAGCUUGAACUUAAAGCACAGGUCCAUCAAACAGGGUGGUAUAUAAAGACGUCAGGUAAUGGGUAAAUAUAAAGAUGUAGUACAUAAAGUCUAACAGCACAAAUUUUAUAAAUACUUGUGGAAUUUCCAUUCUUAUUUGUAAAUCUUCUGGAGUUGAUGCUCUGCUGUAGAACACCUCAGACCUUCAUCAGUGUCUAUGAAUGCCCCAUGGAGCUUUUAGGCAAGUGUUAGGAAUGUGUAGCAGUUCAUAAAAUAAACAAAUACAUUGUGUAUUAAUUUCUUAAUAAUUAUUAACUCACUACAAUUUUAUAUAUAUGGAUAUAUUUACAUCUUUUUACAUUAAUGUUGCAGAAAUUAUAUCCUGUAAGCCUGAUGUGAAUGAUGUGUUAUACAUAAUUCCCAGAGUCAGUUUGUCUCGUACAAAUUAAACGUGAAUUGAAAUGAAGAUUUAAUGAAAUACAUAGGGUUCACGGUGGAGCAAUGCGAUGGUGAUGAUGACAACAGUGCUCUCCUUGUUGUCACUAUUUGUCAGUAUCCAUGAUGACCUUUAACGUCUUUGACAUUAACUAUUUGCACUUGUGAUCUGAGAUAGAUGAUUGAAUU